AUGAGUGUUAUUGGACAUACACGAGCUCCACCACCAAUACCAGCAAAACCUGGUUAUGUUACAAUGGUUAAAGCUUUGUACAGUUAUGCAGCACGUUCUCCAGAAGAAUUAUCAUUUGAAGAAGGUGAAAUACUUUAUGUAACAGAUGAUGUUAAAUAUAAAGAUUGGUAUUUGGCUACGACAAAUAAAAAUCGUACAGGUGGUCUUAUUCCAAAAAAUUAUGUUGAAGAAAGUACAGAAAAACUUGUAAAUGCUUUACAUGACGCAGCGAAACGUGCAAAUAUUGAAUUUCUUCAACAAUCACUUGCUAAUAAAGCAUCAGUUCUUGGUCUUGAUAAAGCAGGAAAUACACCAUUUCACUGGGCAUGCUAUUCAGGUGAUAUGGAUUGUGUUAAAUUAUUAUUACCACUUUCGUUAUCCAUCAUUAAUCAAAAGAAUAAUGUUGGUGAUACUCCAUUACAUGUAGCUAGUUGGAAAAAUCAUGCUGAUAUUGUUCAAAUUCUUUUAGAAAAUGGUGCUGACAAACGAAUUCGUAAUAAGGAUAAUAAAAUUCCAUUUGAUCUUACACAUGAUCCACAUAUUCGAUCAUUAUUAGAAGAAAAAGUUAUUUUUUCUAAUUAUAAAUCACGACAAACGCAACAGAAUGGUGACGGCAAUGACGAAGAUGAUGAUUCAGAUUAA